UCGGUAGAUAUCGAUAAACGAAGAAUAAUAUUCGAUCAACAUAUCUCGAAUUUAGAGAUUGAUAGAUCGAGCAAUUUACUUCAAUUAAUCGAUUAAUCGAAUAUGAAUAAUUUCAAUAUCGAUAUGGCAACCGCUAGAAGAAAUCAAAUACAACAGACAAAUUCCAUUGGAAAACAUAGUAUCACAAAUAAAAGAGUAUUGUUAAAAGAAUUUGAUUAUGAUCACGCAUUAUGGAAAUGCUGCUAUUCUAAGUAUAAAGAAAGGAUUAGCCUAGAAAAGAAGACUCAAGAAAAUGUAGAGAGUGUAAGAAAUAAUGUCAGAAAAUUAACUGGUACCCCCAAGGAAAGAAUGCUUAGAAGUCUAAUGGCCUUCUUCUAAGAGACCAAUUUACAAUUAGAAAACUAUGUGCGGCCGAUAGUCAAAGGUAGGACGACAAGGAAGAACGAGCAAUAGGAAAGGAUUUAAAAAAGUGAGAAUGCCGUUAAUUUAGCUGUUUACGAGAAAGAGAGGGGCCGAAAUCGGAGCAGUUUUUAAAAACCAUUAUUUUUGGCACUUUCUCCUACAUUCGAAAUCGUUCUUGACGGUACUCUCACUCUUCUACUUUCACUAUAAUUUUUUAUAUGAUUUCUGGCAAAGCUAGUUUCUAGUAACUAAUAAAAAAAAUGGUUUGACAUUAGAAGAUAAUUUCACCUUUGGUACUAAAAAUGUUGUACAUAAAAACUAAUUGAAUAUGAUUUUAGGAAAUUUGGAUUUUUACGAGUUUAGUACAGGUUUACCAUAAUGAUCGACGGUGGAUGUCACAGUUCGAAGAGUGGAAUUUCUGCAUGUGGACCUAAUUCGAUAGUCUGUAUAAAUACAGGAUACGAGUUGAAAGUAAGCGAAGGAAUCGUCCGGUGCAUCCGAAUGAGGAAGAUAACGAUCUGGAAAGGGAAGAAAGAAAGGUGGAGGGGUAGUGAGAAGAGCCGUAUGAAAGGAACUAUCAGGAGAGAGAGAGAGUGGUCUCUGGAUGCUGUAUUUCCGUUCCUCAUCAGUAGUCAACCUUAUGCCGAGGAUCUCCUCCUUUCUUCGCAGUGCCAUCGGGUAAUCGGCGAAGGAAAGACGUCAAAGUGAUUCCGAUCGUGAUGGAAAUUCGUAGGUUGGCGUGUGCGUAUGCCAGUGUGCGUGCGUGGGUAUGUGUGCGCUAGCAUAAAGCACCGAUCGAUCGAGUAAUAAUCUACGAUUAAAUAAUUAAUAAUCGAAGGCAAAUGUAUUGUUGGAUAUCAUAAACGCAAUGGUCCGCGUGGAAUAUUUGGAGGAACUCGUGAUCCAGACAAUGUUCGCCGGUUUCAGCACGCGGUGUGAAAAGAAACGGUCUGACGAAUGCUCAUGUUUAUCGUUAAGCAGCCCCUUUUGAACGUCACGUGGCAAGAGGAAGGGAAGAGAACGCGUGGCAGGCGUGCAAAGAUGGGAAUUGUCCUACCAAGAGUAUUUCGACGAGCCGAUUCAUACCUGCGAUUCAAAUCGGCAUUGUCAAAGUCGAAAGUUACUGAGUCUAACUUUCACUAAUAACCAAACGGUGUAAUGCUACGGUUUCACGCGUGUACCGCACGUUCACGGGACGUCGUAGGGUACUGAGAACGUGUUACGAAGCAACAACCACACGAAGAGACGUCGUUCCACUUGUUUCGGUGACCUGGUUUCACGACCCACUUUUCUACCGGACCACACUACGUGUGAAUGCCUUCGCCACGCUUCGCGUAUUCUUACGGUACACGAACGGUAUCCAGGAAAAAGACACACAAAGUUCAGAAAUGAAAUGAAACAUUUGCAGAACUUUUCAGGCGUUCCCAUCGAUACAAAUUUUCUCAUUAAUGUAUACUUUGUGAAGAAAGAUAGAGAACCCCAUUUAGGGGUAGGAUUAUAUUUCAUCGUAAGAUUACGACUAUAUAUUUAGACAAGUCGUAAGUUUGUUCGAGUUGCAAUUACCGUCGAAAAACAAUAAAAAUAGAAAUGUGAUCGAUCAACGGUAUUCUUCAGAAUUUAGUAUCUUUCUGAACCUGAUUCGAGCGGAUUAUAUUUAAACAUAAAUAGAUAGAUAGAUAGAUAGAUAGAUAGAGAGAGAGAGAGAGAGAGAGAGGUUCUAGCAAGGAUGCUAGAUUAUCGAUUGAACUUUUUUAUUGCGAUUCUGUUCAAAUAAAUCACAGGAGCUAUGCAAGUAUCGAUCGGUAAUAUCGGCGAGUUAACGUUUGAAAAAGAUCGGGGAAUAAAACUGUUUCGAAGGAAAAGACACUGCACGGAAACUGCGAAUUUUCGAUUCGUGAAGCGUAAAGAUUUAGGGUGUUCCUUCGCAUUGGUGAACGACUAGAGGAGCUACAACGAGUCGGCAACGAGUCAAAUCUUUGUCGAUCGAUCUUGUUUUAGAUCGCCGGUAGAAAAGAGAAAUGAAUUGGCUUGCAAGUUUACUUUUCACUCGGCUCCUUGUUGGAUUCUAUUGUCAAGCCGAUAUCAGGAAAAAUGACCGGUAUUUAGAGAAUUUCGAUCUAGAUACAAAGAAGGAAACUGCGAUGGAAAAUGUAAUCGAUACAGAAGGACAGACACGAUUUUUCGACGAACUCGGACUGAUACCGCAAACGUGUACGUACAAAGGAACGACAUUCGAUUGUGGCCUUAGUAUUAGUUGCGUUCUCGGAGGUGGUCGUCCGGUCGAUCUCUGUUCCGGAGGAUUGAUAUGGAGCUGUUGCGUCGACGACGAUGACAUCCCCGACAAAGUACCACGACCGACGAUCGGGCUACUGCAAAAUGCUACACUUUCGUUAAACUUGGGAAAUCAACAUCCCUAUGUGGACGAUGACGUGCAAAUCUACGACAACGCGGCAAGGCCGAGCAAACCGACGUAUAGCGGUCAGAACGAGCACGGGACGAGCUACCUGUACGCAGACAUCGCAAACAAACCAACAACCAUUUAUGAGUCUUCACAGACAUGGAAUUACGAUCGGCCUGUGCAUACAAAUCGUCCAUCGGUUUAUCAUCCGCUGCAGCUUGAUUAUCCUCAGGAUGAAUAUGACGUCGCUUAUCCCGAUGUUUCGGGAAUUCACACACCAAGCGAGGACGUCUCAAACUCCGUGGAUUAUUCCAAAUAUCGUGGUUGCGGUGAACUUUACACGAGAAGCAAUAGAAUCGUAGGUGGGCACAGUUCCAGUUUCGGUAGUCAUCCAUGGCAGGCUGCCAUUAUCAAAUCUGGAUUCUUAACAAAGAAGUUGUCAUGCGGCGGUGCCUUAUUGAACAACAGAUGGGUCGUUACCGCGGCUCACUGUGUCGCAACAACACCGAAUAGUAACCUGAAAGUUCGUCUUGGCGAAUGGGACGUCAGAGACGCGUCCGAACGAUUGCUACACGAAGAAUUCAACGUCGAAAGGAAAGAGGUUCAUCCGCAAUACUCGCCAACCGAUUUCCGAAACGACGUGGCGUUGGUGAAGCUUUCGAGAACAGUGGCGUUCAAACAACAUAUCGUACCUGUCUGUUUACCAGCCAAGAAUCUUAAAAUUUCUGGACGCACAGCGACGGUUGCCGGUUGGGGUAGAACCAGACACGGGCAAAGUUCGGCGCCGUCGGUUCUUCAAGAGGUUGAUGUGGAAGUAAUCCCCAAUGAAAGAUGUCAGCGUUGGUUUAGAGCGGCUGGAAGACGCGAAACCAUUCACGACGUCUUUUUAUGCGCCGGAUAUAAGGAAGGCGGACGAGAUUCCUGUCAGGGGGACUCGGGUGGUCCUUUAACCAUGUCCGUCGAAGGAAGACACGUAUUAAUCGGCCUCGUAUCAUGGGGUAUAGGAUGCGGCCGGGAACAUCUGCCAGGUGUAUAUACGAAUAUCCAGAAAUUCGUACCUUGGAUCGACAAGGUCAUGAGUUAGGUUUUGUAAUUUAUAAGGACGUAGGAGAUACAUAAAUGAAAUUGAAAGAUGUAGCUCGACAAAUGCGAUGAGAUAACAGUACAUGCAAAAGCUAUACGAGAAGAUACUAGUUUAUAACGAUCGAUCGUUUACAAUAUAAUUUUAUAUGCUGUAUAGUUACGGUAUUAUAAUAUUCAAUGUAAUAUAAUUCAUUGUAAUAUUCAA